AUGACACGAAUGACUCGUUACGCGAUCAUCAUACUGCUGCUUCUGUCCGUUUCAGCGUUCUCGGUGGAUAUAAAUGACGCUAACAAAUAUGUUCUCUUAAUUAAGGACGUUCACAAUUAUUACAAAACAUCCUGCAUCAUAAUCGUGUGUUCAAACAGCCAUACCAACUUCAAUCAAACGUCCUUGGCUUAUAUAUGGUUGCGGGCUUUCUCACAGCGAGGCAUCUUGACCAUGAUCCUAAGUUUUUCUCAACUGUCACGCGAGGCUAGAAAAUUCCAAGACUAUUUGACGCGCCCGUUGUACGUCGUCGCUCUUGCUACGAAGGAGACGAUGGAUGAAUUUUCGACGGCCACCAGACAGAUCGAUAUGUCUUUAUCCGUUUGGUUGUUGAUGUUUCUACCGUAUCGGGAAAAUCCCAUGCGAGACAUUUGUCAAAAUCCUGUCGGAAACCCGUUCAAUCUGAUGUUCAACACGGAGAUGCUGGUGCUCUGUUACGAUCUGCCGCUCCUAACAGAGUGGUACGCGUUACGCGAUAAUCAAACAAGAGUCUUCAACUUGGCUACCUGGCAAACUGGGCAAGGUUUGAAGCUCAAGACAACAAGUUCCUUGUAUGCGAGGAGAAACAACACGUUUGGGCAAACGAUGCGUAUAUCGAUCGUCCAGGAGUCUCCGUUCGUCGAGAUAAAGAACGGAAUUCUUUCGCACUUCUUCGGCAGAUUGAUCAGAGAGCUGAGUAAAUCGAUGAAUUUCAAGAUCGAAGUGACAAGCUCGAUGCUGAUAUAUGGUGAUUUGAACAAGGACGAUAAUACCUGGACAGGGGUGGUAGGCGAAGUAGCGUCGGACAGAGCUGACUUCGGCGUCGCAGAGUUCAGCAUGACUAAUCAUAGGCUGGACGUAGUUGACUUUACCUUGCCGCUAAUUUUGUCUCGCAAUAGAAUAUACUUUAAAAAACCUGAUGGCACAUAUAUACAAUGGUCCGCCUACUUUAAGACAUUCAAAGCAGACGUCUGGUCGAUGAUAAUAUUCGUGAUCGUGACCGCUCCAAUCUUUUUGACUCUCAUGAAGACGAGAGGUCGUAUCGUGAUGAGAAUUCUGGCGGAUAAUUACAUAUACGUUUGGGGGAUUUAUUGUCAGCAAGGAUUGUCAGGUAAUUGCAACAUAGAUACGAAGUGGAAUAUUCUCGCACGAAACCUCUCUCUUUCAGAAUUUCCAACCAAGUUCUCGAUGAGAUUGGCUUUCCUAUCGAUUUUCUUGUCGUCGUUGAUCAUUCUAUCCGCUUACUCCGCCUCGCUGACCAGUUUUUUGACAGUUUCUACGGUUACUUUGCCUUUCUCCACUAUGGAAGAGUUCGCUAAUUAUGGGUCGUACAAAUUAAUUACAUUCAGAAACAGUGCGGAUUACGACAUGAUAAUUGCUGCUAACAGCAGUUUAUUCGAGAAGGUGAAGAAAUUGAUAAAGGACAAGGAAGAUUUGCCUUUGACGGCUCACGAUGGCUUUCUACAGGUAUGUAACGAAAAAGUGGGAUUCUACAUAACCGAAGCGAUAAAGAACGCCAUCAGUAUACCGUGUGAAACUUCGUUUAUCGAUGCGGAUAGGGUCGACAGUUUGGCUCUAGUUUUGCAGAAACAUGGUCAAUAUACAGGAGUGGUGAAUUAUUAUUUACAACAAUUCAAAGAUAACGGAGUUCUGGCCAGAUUGAAGAAUACGUUUCUGGUAAUUGGAGAUUCUCCCGAGAAAGGGAACGUUACUGUUAAUUUGCAUGGAAUCGCACCUAUUUUAUCGGUUCUGGCUGGUGGAGCAAUUUUCAGUUGUCUGGUAUUGCUACUCGAAAAAAUAUACUAUAAUGUUUGGCGCAAUAAUUGCAGAGGAAUUUUUCAUUGCGUUUUAUGGCGGAAAUUCUUGAAUAGGCAACUGGUUGUAGAUUCGGUAGACAAGAAAAAACGAAUUGAGAAUCUCUCGGAAAAUAUACUUCAGUCUCAAGAGAAUCAACGAUCAGAUAUUUUUCGUAAUCAAAGUUCUUUCACGCAGUACAAAUAAAAUUUACUCUACUGCUAUUUAAAAAUUUAAUCUACCCCGUGGCUAUGACGAUAAUAUUCGCGUGGUCGUUGCCUAUCGAUAGAUCUCAGUAUAGUUAAUUUGUCACGUAUUCUCAUUCUAUGCGUGAAAUCACUUUCACUUUAUGCCGCAGUCGUAUCGCUAGAUCGCGAGUAAUUAGUUGCAAAUUUCCGUGUAUCGUCUCUCUCGCGUGUAUUUCAACGAGUCUUGAUGAUCUUGUCGAUCAUAAUCCUUCCUAAUUGCGUUAAUCGCCACCACUGUAAGCCGACUAAUAUUAAUUUAUGUAAUAAAAGGUAUACAAUUUUGUAACGUUUAUAGGCGAACUUUAUUAGAAAUACAGGAAAGUGUGAACUUCA